UCUCUAAACAUUUCCAGCAACCUUCUUUUCUUUUAAAUUCUAUGUAUCUAUCUCCUUCAAACUCUCCAUACAAACCCCUACCCUAGGGUUUAUAUACUUAACAAUAAUUUAUAUAAAUAUAUAAUUUAUAUACUGUAUAGAUAUAAUAAUAAUUUACUAGCCAAAACCAUGGCUGCUGUACAACAAGCAAUCACAAACAAUAACAUAUGGAAGGAAGUAAUAGAAUUCACAAAAUCAGCUCAAAUUAAAGGCUCAGAUCCAUUAAUAUGGGCUGUUGAGUUAUCUUCAUCUUUAUUAUCUGCCGGCGUAUCGAUGCCUUCGAUUCGGUUUGCGGAAUUAUUCGUUAAUCAUAUAUGUUGGUCUAAUAAUCUUCCCAUUGCUUGGAAGUUUCUAGAUAAAGCUUUAUCGAUUCGAGUCGUUCCGCCUAUGCUUGUUUUAGCUCAUUUGUCUAACAGAGUAAUUCCAAAUCGAAGAAGCCAUCCUGCUGCCUACAGGCUUUAUUUGGAGUUCGUUAAAAGACACAUUUUUCCAUUGGCUUCUGAAGUUAAUGGUCCAAAUUAUCACAAGAUCAUGGAGUCUAUAAAUGAUGCUCUUCACCUCAACCAUAUAUUUGGUCUUCAGUCCAGUGAACCUGGGCUUGUCUUGGCUGAGUUUGUAUUUUCAGUAGUGUGGCAGCUACUUGAUGCAUCACUUGAUGAUGAAAACUUGCUGGAACUUGUACCUGAAAAGAAAUCUAUAUGGCCAAUCAAGUCAAUGGAGAUGGAAAUGGACGAUCAUAACAGUUUUGGAGAAAAGCAAAUUGAUUUUCACCAGGGACUGUAUAAAAUGAAUACCAUAAUGGCCAUUCAGAUAAUUGGAGAACUUUUCUGUAACAAAGUAACUUCUAGAAUUCUGGACUUGGCACAUCGGAAUAUGCCUGCACAUUGGGGAUCUUUCAUGCAUCAUUUGAGGCUGCUAGUAGGAAGCUCGAUAGCUUUGAGAAGUUCAAAAGAUAUUACUCCAGAGUCUCUUUUGGAGUUAGCCUCUAAAAACCAUGUACUGCUGUCCAGGGAACAUAAAAGUGAAACAGUAUCCCGACAAGUCCGUGCAGUAAUGGCUUGUGGAUCACUUGUAUCAUCUCCAGGCCAGAAUUAUGGUGCUACUCGUUCGGCUAUUUGGCUUCCAAUAGAUUUAUUUCUUGAAGACGCUAUGGAUGGGUAUGUAGUGGCUACUACCAGUGCAGCUGAAACUCUUACCGAUCUGCUGAAAGCUCAUCAGGCAAUUACUCAGGCCUCCUGGCAGGACACUUUUCUUGGCUUAUGGAUUGCAGCUUUGCGACUUGUUCAAAGGGAAGGUGAAGCUGCUGAGGGUCCAGUACCUCGUCUUGAUACGUGUUUAUGCCUACUAUUAUGCACGACAACUCUUGCAGUUGUAAAUAUUAUUGAUGAAGAGGAGAGUGCUCUACCCGAGGAAGGUGAUCACAAACGUAUGCAUCAAGGAAAUGAAACUCAUGAUCUUGGAAACUGUCGUGAAAGCUUAGUUUCUAGUCUACAACAGUUGGGGGAUUUUGAAGGCUUACUGACUCCACCAAUAUCAGUUACUGGCAUAGCAAAUCAAGCAGCUGCAAAAGCUAUCUUGGUUUUCUCGGGUAUAUCGGUUGGAAGUGGCUAUCUUGAUGGAGUCAGCCUGAAUGACAUGCCAGUCGGUUGUGCUGGAAACAUGAGACAUCUGAUUGUUGAGGCAUGCAUUGCCAGAAAUAUCUUAGACACAUCAGCAUAUUUAUGGCCUGGCUAUGUGAAGGGACACAGUAACCAAAUACCACGCACCAUUUCGGGCCAGGUAUCAGGCUGGUCAUCGUUGGUGAAGGGGUCUCCUUUGACUCCUGCAAUGAUGCAUACAUUGGUUUCAACUCCAGCUUUAGGCUUAGCGGAGAUCGAGAAAAUAUACGGAAUUGCAACAAGUGGUUCAGACGAUGAGAAGAUAUCUGCUGCAACUAUCUUAUGUGGCGCAUCACUAACUCGCGGAUGGAAUAUACAGGAACAUACUGGAUACUUCAUAAUUAAGCUGCUGUCGCCUCCAGUUCCAGUGGAUUAUUCCGGAAGCGAGAGCCAUUUGUUAGUUUAUGCCCCCCUUCUAAAUGUUGUUCUUGUGGGGAUAUCAUCUAUUGAUUGCGUUCAGAUAUUUUCAUUACAUGGCUUGGCUCCACACCUUGCUGGUGUUUUGAUGCCCAUAUGUGAGGUCUUUGGAUCAUGUUCACCUACGGUUUCUUGGACUCUUCCAAAUGGGGAACAUUUAUGUCCUCUUUCGGUAUUCUCAACUGCAUUUACCCUUCUUCUGAAGCUAUGGAGGUUUCAUCAACCUCCUCUUGAAAAUGUGAUGGGUGAUGUAACCCCUGUAGGCACCCAGCUAAAUCCAGAGUUCCUUUUGUUGGCACGCAAUACCCAGUUAGCAUCAUGUGGGAAUGCACUUACUAACCAAAAAAACCGAAGAGGGGUUCUUAGUAAUUUGUCAUCUUCGGAGCCAGUAUUUUUGGAUUCUUUUCCGAAACUGACAUUUUGGUACCGACAGAAUCAAGCGUGUAUUGCUUCAACCCUAUCUGAUCUUAAACCUGGAACAUCUGUGUACCAAGUUUUUGAUGCACUUUUGAGUAUGAUGUUUAGAAAAAUGAAUAGAGGUGGCCAGUCAUUGAGUCAUUCGGCAUCCGGAAGUAGCAGUUCGUCUGGAUCGAUACCCGAGGACUACACUCUUCGACUUCAACUUCCUGCCUGGGAGAUACUGGAAGCCGUCCCAUUUGUGCUUGAUGCUGCUUUAACAGCUUGUGCUAAUGGAAAAUUGUCUCCCCGUGAACUCACUACAGGGCUCAAAGAUCUUGCUGACUUCCUCCCUGCGUCUAUGGCCACUAUUGUAAGUUAUUUUUCAGCAGAGACAACACGCGGUCUAUGGAAGCCUGCAUCUAUGAAUGGGACUGAUUGGCCAAGUCCUGCCACAAGUUUAGCCAUGGUGGAGAAAAACAUGAAUAAAAUUUUGUCUACCACGGGAGUUGGUGUUCCCAGUCUUUCUGCAGGUGGAAGCACUCCAACCCUUCCUUUACCUCUUGCUGCCUUAUUGAGCCUCACAAUCACCUAUAAAGUUGAUCGAGUCUCUGAAUCUGUUUUAAACCUAGCUGCUCCAGCAUUAAAUACUCUUGGUGCAAGUUGCCCGUGGCCAUGCAUGGCCAUAAUUUCCGCUCUGUGGGUUCAAAAGGCCAAACGUUGGACCGACUAUCUUGUUUUCUCUGCAUCCCGAACCGUAUUCCACCACAACAGUGAUGCCGUGGUCCAACUUCUUAGGGUUUGCUUUGCAUCAGUCAUCAGCCCGCCAUCCUCAUUUUCUGGUGGAGGUGUCGGUAGUCUUCUUGGUCAUGGGUUCGGAUCCCACAGUUCAGGCGGGAUUUCUCCUGUGGCCCCAGGAAUCCUCUACUUACGCGUCCACCGUAGUGUUAGAGACAUUAUAUUCAUGACUGAGGAAAUCGUCUCUUUGUUAAUGUAUACUGUCAAAGAUAUUGUAUCAAUGGAUUCGUCAAUUGAAAAACUGAAAAGGCCCAAGAACGGGAUCGUGAUGAGAUAUGGUGAGGUUUCUUUGUCUACAGCCUUGAGUCGUAUUAAGUUGGCGGCCUCCCUCGGAGCUUCACUAGUUUGGAUAACCGGGCGGUUAAAUUUGGUACAAUCUUUAAUUAAAGAAACGUUGCCCUCUUGGUUUAUAUCAGGCCACAAAUCUGAUAUGAACAAAGGUGAUUCAGGAGGGAUGACAGGAAUGCUCAUGGGAUAUGCUCUGGCAUAUUUUGCAGUUCUUUCUGGAGCAUUUGCUUGGGGUGUGGACUCGGUUUCUUCAAGAUCUAAAAAACGACCGAUUAUUCUUGGAACUCACCUGGAGUUCAUGGCGAGUGCACUUGAUGGGAAGAUUUCACUUGGUUGUAAUAAAGCCACGUGGAAGGCAUAUGUGUCAGGCUUUGUGAGUUUGAUGGUGUCCUGUGCGCCCAAGUGGGCCAGUGAGGUUGAUGUGGUGGUUUUGAGGAGUUUAAGUAAGGGAUUAAGAAAGUGGGAUGAGGAAGAACUGGCUUUAGCGCUUCUCGCGAUAUCUGGGGUGAAUGCAAUGGGUGCAGCUGCGGAAAUGAUUGUUCAAUCUUCGAUUUAAUAUCAUCACGUUUGUAGUUUUGUGUAGUAAACAUUUGGUAGUCAACAACGCAGGAGAGUUGGGUUUAGUUCGUACAUAUAAGCAGGUGGAAAUAUGUCGGCUCUUUAUGUCCAAAUGUUUGUAGUCAUUAUGACAAGUAGAUUUCCCUUCUAUUUUAUCCUGCUCGGUCCUCAAUACGGAAGAUGUACCAUGCUGUAGAAAAUCGUUAUUAUUAUUAUUAUUUUUUUUCCUAUAAAAUCAGAAUAAGAUCCAAGUUCUUUUUGGGUAAGAAA